AUGCUUGUACAUCAACUGCAUCUAUAACAUAAACAAUAAUAAUAGUAAUAAUAAAAAGGGAACGCAAUUGUGGAUAUACUCGUUCCUUUUUGUUCAAACAAAUUGUUGCCCUUGAUAAUUAAGGUGAAUCUCCCAUUGUAUGCAUAUAGUUUAUAAUGUGUGUUCUGAUGGAUAAGAUUGAUACUUGUUACCAGUUUCACAAUUUUCUGCAAUAUUGCCUUGUUGGGUACAUUUUUUUUUCCUCUUCCCAACGAUGGUUUUGUGUUUGCAACAAGGGAUGUGUCACAUGGUUGAAAUGCACCCUCAGUACUCAAAAUGGCCUCAUGGUGGGUUCAACUGGGAGUUUUCUCGAAGCAAAGACUGUUUCCUCAUGAAUGGCUCAAAAUGGGCUGUCACAAUUUCUCUUCCUGAUUAAAAAUUAAGAAAACAAAAAGAGUUAAUGGUUUAUAUUAGGAACCCUGGAUGUAACAAUUAAGUCAGUUCCAAGAAGUCCUCUUUAUUACCAGCUGAGUAACAAAUUAGCUAAUUGCAAAGCAUCAAUCCAGCAACUUAACUUAAAGAUGAUAUUGAUUUUCAAAUUUCAACGAUUUUUUUCUGUGUUCUUCUCUUAAUCCCAUUCCAUAUGCCUGGCUCGUGAGCAAUGCAAAGCACCAAAUUACUGCCUCUAGUCCGUACCAUAAAAACCGUGGCACUGAAAUUCCUACCAUAUCAUCGUCAACCAGUAAACUACUGUUGGACAUAUCAUCGUUAACCAGUAAACUACUGUUGGAUUCAUGCAGUGAACCCAAUCGCCUUGAGAUUAUUUACACCAAAAAACAGGAUUAUUGAUGGCUUGAUCAAUUCUGGCAUUUAGAUGCUGCUCAGUCUGUUCGAUGAAAUGCUUGUAUGUGAUGUUGUUGUAUAUAACUUGCCGAUUUCUGGGCAUGGUAAAUAUGGGAUCCCCAAACAGGCUCUUUAUCUUUACUCUGAAAUGGUUUCACAAGGAAUCAGAGAAAGAUCUGUUUUAAGUAGAUGUAGUGAUUCGGGUUUUCCAGGGACGGAAUUCAAGUUCACAGGAGAGUUAUUAAACUUGGGUUCGUUUUCAAUUUGUAUAUUGGCAGUUCACUUGCUGGUCUUUUUAUGCGUAUGGGACUUGAUGAGUUUGUUUGGUAAAUUGCCUAGGAGAAAUUUAGCGAUAAGGAGUUUGGUUUUACGCAGGAUUUGCGAACUAGGUCGAUUUGGUGACUUUUUAGGAUUGUACAAUGAUAUGAAACUGGAUGAUCUGAAGGCAUAUGGGCGUAGUUUUUGCUAUUUGAUCCAUGGAUGUUCUAACAAGAAGUUUUUCAAUGAAGAGACAGCUGCAUUGUCAUGCGAUCAAGGUUGGAUUGGCGAACUCUAAUGCUUUGGUGUAUUUUUACUCUACAUGUGGGAGUUUAUGUGAAGAAAAGAAAUCGUUUCAAGCUAUUCUUCUAGAGGGUGUUAUAUCGUGGAAUUCGAUAUUAUCAGUGUAUGCAGAUGAUAUAUUAUUUUUCGAUGUGCUUGAUUUAUUUUACAUGGUGCAUUUUUGGGGCAAGAACCGUCAAUACGUUCAUUUGUGGGGUUCUUAAUCUAUGUAGUUUGAAUGGCAAUAUUCUGUUUGGAAAGCAGAUUCACUGUUAGAUGGGUUUUGACAAUGGGAAUGUGCUUGUUAAAUCUGCACUAUUGACUUGUACGGAAAAUGUGGAAUUCAGUAUCUGUGUAUGAAAGUCUUCCAAAAACAACUAUGGAGUGUUGUAACUCAUUAAUGACCUCUUUGUUGCACUGUGGCAUUGUUGAUGAUAUAGUUCAGAUGUUUGGUUUGGUGGUUGAUAAUGAUGAAGGAAUUGGACUUGAUGAGGUUAAUCCACUGUGUUGAAAGCAUUAUCAUAGUUGGUUUUAGCAAGCUUAGCCAGCUGCAGAUUGGUGCACUGUUGUGGAAAAAAGUUAGGUUUUGAAUCUCAUGUUUCAGUUUCAUAUCCAUUGAUUGAUGCAUAUUCAAGGUCUGGUCUGGUCAUGUUCAACUUUCACUGCAGGUUUUUCAACAACUUCCUUCCCCAAAUAUUUUCUGUUUCACAUCAAUCUCGAUGGAUUUGCCCCCAAUGGAUGAUUGGGAAGAGAAUGUCUCGACUCUGGAGAUUUUUGAGGCCAUGAUCCGAAAGGGUUUAAAAUCUGAUAAAGUGACUUUCUUGUGUGUGUUAACUGGUUGCAGCCAUUCUGGGGUAGAGGCACAAGGAGGACGGGUAGACACACAGCAUUUUUCAUGUAAGUUAGAUCUGUUGGGGUGAGCAGGUCUGCUGGAUGAAGCUGAAGAAUUGCUGCAACAGGCGCCAGGAAGGGGUGAUUUGUGAUGUCGAGCUCAUUGUUGCAAAGUUGUAGAAAAGAGCAGCAAAAGUAUUUUUAGAACUUGAUCCAGAAGAUUUUACAGUUCAUUUGCAAGUAUCUAACUUUUUUUCUGAAAUUGGGGAAUUUGAAGCCUCAGUACAGAUUUGAGAGAUUGCUAUAGCAAGGAAGAUGACAAAGGAGAUUGGUCACAGUAUAAUUGAUUUAAAUUGUUGCCAUUAAUAUUUGGAAUUCUGAACCAAUAGCAAAUCAGCCAUCAAUCCUGGAGCCCCAGAGCACUCGUAAUGUCAUACUUCGUUUUCAUGAGUUGCAGAAAACAUGGUAUCUAACAACAUUGGCAUUCUUGAGGAACUUGAAAGCUUUGAAAUAGAUGAAGAAAAUGAGGUGGAACUUUUCGAUACCCCUUCAUGGACAAAUGACCGUGGACGCAAGGUUCUUGUGAACGUUGAUAGCUUCGGUGCAGUCGGAGACGGAGUUUCUGAUGACACUCAGGCCUUUGUCCAAGCUUGGCAGACAGCCUGUGCUACACCAAAAUCAGUUUUUUUUGUUCCUCCAGGACAACGCUAUUUAGUUAAUGCCACAAAAUUUAGGGGGCCUUGUGAGGAUAGGUUGGUCAUCCAGAUAGAUGGAACAAUAGUAGCACCUGAUGAGCCUAAUAACUGGGAUCCAAAUCUUCCACGACUCUGGCUUGAUUUCUCUAAACUGAAUGGAGUUCUUUUCCAAGGGAAUGGAGUUAUUGAUGGCUCGGGCAGUAAAUGGUGGGCGUCAUCUUGUAAAAAGAACAAGUCAAAUCCUUGCAGAGGAGCACCAACAGCGUUAACUAUUGAUUCAAGCUCAUCUGUGAAGGUAAGAGGCUUGACUAUCCAAAACAGCCAACAGAUGCAUUUUGUGAUUUCCAAGUCUGCCUCUGUGCGAGUAUCUGAAGUACUAGUCUCGGCUCCAGAAGACAGUCCUAACACUGAUGGAAUUCAUAUAUCUGAAUCAACUAACGUUGUUCUUCAAGACUGCAAAAUUGGAACAGGUGAUGAUUGCAUCUCAAUUGUCAAUGGUAGCUCUGGCAUCAAGAUGAAGAGAAUUUAUUGUGGACCAGGACAUGGAGUCAGUAUUGGAAGUCUUGGUAAGGACAACUCCACUGGGAUGGUAACAAAAGUGGUCUUGGAUACAGCAUUCCUUAAAGAGACGACCAAUGGCCUCAGGAUUAAGACUUGGCAGGGAGGCAAUGGUUAUGUUCGUGGAAUACGUUUUGAAAAUGUAAGGAUGGAAGAUGUAGAAAAUCCCAUCAUUAUUGAUCAAUUCUACUGUGAUUCUCCAAAAGCCUGUCCAAACCAGACAUCCGCUGUAAAAAUAAGUGAGAUCAUGUACCGGAAUGUUACUGGCACCACAAAGAGUGCAAAGGCCAUGAAAUUUGCCUGCAGUGACACAGUCCCUUGUAGUAAUAUAGUCCUGAGUAACAUCAACUUAGAGAAGAAAGAUGGCACGGAAGAGACUUACUGCAAUGCCGCCCAAGGCUUUGGAUAUGGUAUUAUUCAUCCUUCAGCUGACUGCCUAACUUCCCAAGACAAAGACUACUGUGGUGUUGGUCCGACAGAUAUUGCUGAAGACUAUGUCACUGAUCAGACCGAAAUCACAGAGCUUGCAGAAUCCAGCAGUGAGGCUAUUGUUCACACCGAGCUCUGACAUGCCUUCCUUCAGAAAAUAAAAUAACCAUACUAUAGCCUUUAAUAUAGCAAUAUACUAAAGUGGGAAGUUGGAAUGUAGUUUACUAGCAUAGAUAUCUUGAGGAAGAUUGAGGUGCUCAUGCUGAAAUUGAUGGGAUUUUUACGUUGCAUAUUUAGCUAUACAUACAAAUUUCUCUGAAUCUUAUCAUUAAGAAAAUUGUAUUUUGAAGGAAAAAUAUAAAGUUAUUGAGAUUUAUACUAUUUUUUUUUUU